AUGACUAUAAGGAAAAAAAUUUAUAAUUUAAAAAUAUUUACCACUAUUUCAAGACUCCCAUCCGAUAGAACGACUUUUUUCCCAUUGUCUCUUCCAGUCUCAUCAGAAGCCGUGAUUGUUCCAUCUCGAGUCCAGUCUUGGUGUUGGAGCUCCCACCGUCUGGCAGGGUAUGACAACUUUCUGUCCUUCUGCAAUAAUAAGUUCACUUGAUGGUCCCCCAAUUAUCGCAGGUGGUGAAUUCCAAACAUUGACGUAAGCGUUAACGAAUUGAAAUCCAUAAUGAUUGCUUAUGUUGCACUGGAAGACCGCACUGUCUUGGAGACCGAGAUUAUUUAAAAUGACUGUAUUUCCCGAUAAUCGUUUUCGAUCACCAUCCAAGUAACGCCCAAUUGGUUCACCGUUCAUAUGCCAUUUGACUUCGAUUUUAGAUUUGCCGAUUUCAUUCGGUUCGCAUCGCAAUUGAACGGAAUCGCCUAUCGGUACUGUGGUGUCCAGCGGUUUCACUUUAAAUGUUGGAAUGGAUUCAACAGUUAA